AUUUGUAAUCGAAAUGGUUGUUGUUUAAUUCUUUGUUAAUAAAGUAACCAAUUCAUUGUUUAAGCACUUCAGUAGAAUCAAUGACCUGGUGUGGAAAAAAUGGUUUCAAAUGAUUUAUUGGUCAAAAAUAAUUGUAUAUACUGUGGUCCGCUUGGUGGCAAAUCACUGUGCUUGACUGACUAAUUCAAAUUAAAUAAAAAUGCAGACUUUUGCUUUCUGUUCACCACAGCUUAACCACUGACUGCUGUUGUUUUUCCGAAUUUCCACUUGAAAGCAGCAUUGUUGCCACAGGGUCUUGUGGGAGUGACUAACUGAAGUCUUUCACUCAGCACAAACACAGUUAGUUAGUUCCUUCUGAAGGCUUAGUGUAGCUGAUCCUGCACCUCUGUGGACUAUCUGAACCUUCAAGUUAAAAACUCGAGCAUACAGGUUUGUUUGCAUUCUGUCCCAACAGCCUUUCAUCCCUGAAGGUCAGUAAGUCAAUUCACCCUCUACCAGCUUCAUCAUGAAUGUGUCCCAGACAUUGGAGACAGAGGAGGAUCUCCUAACUUGUCUCCACAUCAAGCUUUACCACCCUCAGCAGAGUUGUAAGGGCCUUUACGGGCUGCUUCCUCUGGAGAAAAGGAGCAGGUUCUCAGCAGAUGACCCUCUCAGGCUGGGACGUGACGCCCAGGCAUGCACCUUCGCCCUGGCCGACGUCCGGGUGUCCCGGAAACAGCUGGCCCUUCACGCCUACCGCACGCCCCAGAGCCCGGACAUGCUUUUCACCAUCCAGAACUUGAGCCAGAGGGGACGGCUGUCAGUGAACAGCUCGGCCCUGGGCUACCUGGAAAGGAUGGACCUCCCGGACAAGGCCCUGAUCCGGUUCGGAGAGUAUGAGAUGCUGAUCAUCCGUGAGUCUGGUGAGGCCAAGGGGAGCUUUGAGGUGGAGUUUGAGGUGCUGGCAGUGUCUCCGUCCAGAGAGACAUGCAUGUGUGUGCCCAGUAUGACACCCGUCAUGGACACAGGCUCUGGUGCGAUGAGAAGUUUACCAGCUGAACUCAGAGACCUCGGCCCUCUGGAGACUGAUGAGACUCUCAUGUGUCAGUCAUGAUGAACUAUGACUGCUCAGUGAGAUACUUUUUUUUACUUUCUUACCUCUGACUUGUAUUUGAAGGCAACACAAAGUACUGUGUAGUUGUUACAUUAGAUUUUAAGCUUUUGUUUAGAUAAGAUCCCUCUUUGUAAUGUGAAAUCAUAGUAUUACUCUUUUUUUCUACGUAUACGUAUUAUGUAUCUAUAACUCUGUGUCUACACAUGAAAAAGCUGUGAUUUUAAUAUAAGAACACCUGGUUUUAGUGUGUUCUAAAUACUAGCUAUUUCUUUCUAUAUAUUCAACCUGACCGCAUUAAAUACUCUUUU